AUGGAUUCGCCGACUAGCCGGGGCGGGUCAUCAACGUCCUCCGGGCGGUCUUCUGUGAUCGAUUCUUUACGCGGGUGCACUUUGGCCGGCUUGCGGAUCCCCAAGGAGGAGUUGAGGAAAAAAAUAACGCUGCCUGAAUACAUGAGACUCGCGAUGAAGGAAGCGAUCCAGGCUAAGAACGUCGAAGCCAAUACAGUGACUCAGCUCUACCAGGCGGCUCACACGGAUGGAGCCGAGCCACCGGAUAUGCCUGAGUCGCCAUUGGUUGUUUUUAUUAAUUCCAAGAGCGGUGGGCGCCACGGUCCCGAACUAAAAGCCCGACUUCAGGCUCUCAUGGGCGAAGAGCAGGUUUUUGAUCUCUUAGUGGUGAAGCCUCAGGAAUUUGUUCAGUAUGGAUUGGGUUGCCUGGAGAAGUUUGCUGCUCUUGGGGACAGCUGUGCUGAAGAGACUCGUGGAAAACUGAGGGUCGUGGUUGCAGGAGGUGAUGGUACUGUGGGCUGGGUCCUUGGAUGCCUAGGAGAGCUUGACAAACAAGGCCGAUUGCCAGUUCCCCCUACAGGAAUUAUCCCACUUGGUACCGGAAAUGACUUGUCUAGGAGUUUUGGUUGGGGCGGGUCAUUCCCUUUUAAUUGGAAAUCAGCUAUAAAAAGAACUCUUGAUAGGAUAGCUGAUGGGCGCAUUUGUCGUUUGGAUAGUUGGAAUGCUUUGAUAUCAAUGCCAGCUGGGGAGGACUUGGAUACACCUUAUUCUCUCAAAGCAACAGAAGAGACACCUCUUGAUCAGGAACUGGAAGUUGAAGGGGAAUUGCCGGAGAAGGUCUCCUGUUAUCAGGGAGUCUUUUAUAAUUAUUUUAGCAUAGGAAUGGAUGCCCAGGUUGCUUAUGGUUUCCAUCACCUACGCAAUGAAAAACCUUACCUUGCACAGGGUCCUAUUUCGAACAAGAUAAUAUAUUCUGGAUAUAGUUGCAAGCAAGGCUGGUUCUUCACACCAUGCAGCAGCGAUCCAGGUUUAAGGGGACUAAAAAACAUCUUGAGGAUAUAUGUUAAGAAGGUCAAUUCUCAAGAAUGGGAGCAAAUUCCUAUUCCAUCAAGUGUGAGGUCUGUAGUUGCUCUAAAUCUCCCCAGUUAUGGAAGUGGAAGAAAUCCGUGGGGUAAUUUAAAGCCAGAGUAUUUAGAGAAGAGAGGAUUUGUUGAGGCCCAUGCUGAUGAUGGUUUUUUAGAAAUUUUUGGUUUGAAACAUGGAUGGCAUGCUUCAAUGGUUAUGGUUGAACUUAUCUCUGCCAAACACAUAGCUCAGGCCUCAUCUAUUCGAUUUGAGCUUAGAGGAGGAGAAUGGACAGAGGCAUUUAUGCAGAUGGAUGGUGAACCAUGGAAACAACCAAUGAACAAGGAGUUCUCGACAUUUGUGGAAAUUAAGCGUGUACCUUUUCAGUCAGUUAUUGUGCAUGGAGAAUAA